AUGGCCGACGUGGAAAUGCAAGAUGCAAGCUCAACCAAAGACAAGGUUGUAAAGUCCUCGAAGAACGCAGCUGGUGAGGGUUCCGAGGGAAAGAAGCGCUUUGAAGUCAAGAAGUGGAACGCCGUUGCUCUCUGGGCCUGGGACAUCGUCGUCGAUAACUGCGCUAUUUGCCGUAAUCACAUCAUGGACUUGUGCAUUGAAUGUCAAGCAAAUCAAGGUUCAUCCACUACAGAAGAGUGCACAGUGGCAUGGGGUAUUUGUAACCACGCCUUCCACUUCCAUUGCAUCUCUCGAUGGUUAAAAACUCGACAAGUCUGCCCGUUAGACAACAGAGAUUGGGAAUUCCAGAAAUACGGCCGAUGA